AUGGCUAUCGAAUAUUUUCCAAGAUUAUCCCAGGAUUUUUCACAAUUGCUUGAUGAUGCAGAAGAUUGUGAUAUCAUUAUUAGAAUUGGAGAAAACUCAAGCAUAAAAGAAUUUCAUGCACACUCAAUUAUCUUGAAGUCUCGAUCACCUUAUUUUAAAACAUCCCUCUCGCAAAAUUGGAUAACAAAGAUAGAUAAUGUGAUUGACUUUAAUAAACCAAAUAUUUCUCCAAUAAUUUUUGGAAAGACGAUGACGAAUUUAAGUAAUUGGAAUAAAAAUGAUUUUAAGGCUUUAAAAGGUGUUUUGAAUCAAUUUAUUGCACACAUUCGAUUCUUUGAAAUUUCUACAAAAGAAUUUUAUAAAAAUAUUUGGCCACUUAAGAAGGUGUUACCUGAAGCACUCUUCGAAGAUAUUGUGUCAUUUUAUAUGACAAAUACCAUACCAAAUCAACAUAUAUUGACUCCUCGUCAUGGAAAAUCACCAAAAGAGUUUAUUGCAAGAAAUCCAAAGGAUGUUAAAUAUAACUUUAACCUUAUAUAUCGUGGAAGUAGAGAUGGUUAUGAUACCAAUAUCAUGCGAAAUAAGUGUGAUGGACAAGGGGCAUGCAUUUUGAUCAUUAAAACUAAUAUGGAUGAAACGAUAAUUGGUGUUUAUGAUCCACUUGGUUGGAGUAUUAAUUGUUCUAGUUGGGGUCAAGCAGAUUGCUGGUCUAAUACUACCGAAAGUUUUCUUUUUUCUUUAGGUAAUGGAAAAGAUUUAAAGAAUUUUAAAAUUAGUCGUGUGGUGAAUAGUAAUUAUGCAAUAUAUGAAAAUAUUUUUCAUUAUUUACCAUUAAGUUUUGGCGAUAGAGAUUUGGUUAUCAAUAAUAAUGCUGGAACGUGCAAUCGAACCUAUUAUGAAAGUAGCAUUUUAGAUACAAAUAAUUUUACCAUCGAAGAAAUGGAGAUUCAUAAAUUUUAUAAAGAAAGGUUGAAGAGUUUAUGA